GUUUGACCCUUCCUUCCUUCCUUUCUUUGGUUGGUAGUUAAAAAGAAGAACAAACACCAUUCUUGCAAAUGUCAGGGGGAGCUUUUCCUCUCCUGCAUCAGCUGCAGUGCAGGUCUUCCUCUGUGCAGUACUAUUAGCUUGUGCUGGAAACGGUCCUGGAAAUCAAGGCUUCUUGUAGAUCUUGGGGAAAAGAUCCUCUCUUUCUGCAGGAAUUCAAGGCAUUGUUGGUGCCCUCUUCAGCUCUGCUAACUCUAAGACGAGUAUGCGCCGCGUCCGGGUCUCAUCCCACCAGUCUCCAGUUCACAAGCUUGGUGAUUCACAGAUGAAACUGACACCCAAAUUCCGGCUUGCCACGACCUCUGCAUUGCCAUCGUCGACGCCGUCCUCUGAUUUGGAGCAAACCUCAUGGGAGACACCCCUCAUACCUGGCCUUCCUGAUGAUGCUGCUCUAAAUUGUCUCCUCCGGCUACCUGUUGAGACCCAUGAGGCAUGCCGGCUUGUGUGUCGCCGGUGGCACCACCUCCUAGCCGACAAGGCGCGGUUCUUCAUGCAGAGGAAGGUGAUGGGCUUCCGGUCACCGUUGUUGUUCACUCUGGCAUUCCACCGUUGCACAGGUAAGAUACAAUGGAAGGUGCUGGACCUGAACUACUUAACCUGGCACACAAUUCCUGCCAUGCCGUGUCGGGACCGGGCUUGCCCCCGAGGUUUCGGUUGUGUCGCAAUCCCUAGUGAUGGCACCCUCCUUGUUUGCGGCGGGUUGGUCUCGGACAUGGAUUGCCCACUGCACUUGGUCCUCAAGUAUGAUGUUUACAAGAACCGCUGGACUGUCAUGACUCGGAUGCUUGCUGCUCGGUCGUUCUUUGCCGGUGGUGUCAUCGAUGGGCGGGUUUAUGUUGCUGGAGGUUAUAGUACUGAUCAAUUUGAGCUCAAUUCAGCAGAGGUUCUUGAUCCUGAUAAGGGUGCCUGGCAACCUGUUGCUAGUAUGGGCAUGAACAUGGCAUCAUCGGAUUCUGCUGUCAUCAAUGGUAGGCUUUAUGUCACUGAAGGCUGUGCAUGGCCUUUCUUCUCCUCGCCGAGAGGCCAGGUUUAUGACCCAAAGAUUGACCGGUGGGAGACGAUGCCAGUUGGGAUGCGUGAAGGGUGGACGGGUUUAAGUGUUGUAAUUGAUGAACAUUUGUUCGUCAUUUCAGAAUAUGAGAGGAUGAAAGUUAAGGUCUAUGAUCCGGAUACGGACUCGUGGGACUCUGUAAAAGGCCCUCCUAUGCCUGAGCGAAUUAUGAAGCCUUUUUCGGUGAGUUGUUUGGACAAUAAGAUGGUUGUUGUUGGCCGAGGCCUCCAUGUAGCUAUUGGACAUGUCAAGAAGCAACCUGGUAGCCAUCCUGAUAGUAGGAGUUCAAGCUACUUAAUUCAAUGGCAAGAUGUGGAUGUUCCGAGGGAAUUUGGUGAUCUCACACCUUCAAACAGUCAGAUUUUGCAUGCUUAACUGCUGCUACUGCCGGAUCUGCAGAAACACCACCCUUGUUCUUUCAUUCUAUUUGCUCAACGGGUUGAGGAGCUAUUCUGAGCUGUAAAAUUGCUGUGCUCUGUAUGUUAAGUCUCUUUCCCAGUUAAUUUUACAUCCUGUAAGUGCUAUAUCAGUAAGUAAAUAAAUAAACUCAAGAGUGUAAGUAGAA